GGAGGCUGAAGUGGAACUGGGAGGAGAGAGGAGCAGGGACCAGACAGUUUGGGAUCAGACAGUUGGGGUGCUGGGGAUCAGACAGUUGGGGUGCAGGUUAGGCAGUUGGGGUGCUGGGGAUCAGAGAUUUGGGGUGAAGGUUAUCAGGCAGUUGGGGUGCUGGGGAUCAGACAGUUGGGGUGCUGGGGAUCAGGCAGUUGGGCAGGAAUAAGACAGUGGCUGGCAGUUUGUAUGUUCUGUUCCAGGCGGCAGUCAUGGUGUCUCCAGUUACUGUGGUGAAAAGUGAAGGACCAAAGCUGGUGCCAUUUUUCAAGGCCACUUGUGUGUAUUUUGUCCUGUGGCUUCCGACCUCCAGCCCGUCCUGGUUCAGUGCCCUCAUUAAGUGCUUGCCCAUCUUCUGCCUGUGGGUGUUUCUCCUGGCCCACGGGCUGAAUUUCCUGGUCACUCGUCGAUGUGCCAAAAGGAUUUUUGUGGGACUGAUCUUCUCGGCUGUGGGUGACGCCUUCCUCAUCUGGCAGGAACAGGGUUACUUUGUGCACGGGCUGCUCAUGUUUGCCAUCACCCACAUCCUUUACUCGUCAGCAUUUGGGAUGAAACCACUGGACCUGCGCACUGGGAUAGUCAUAGGACUGAUUUCUGGGGGUCUCUACACGUUCCUGUACACCUACCUCUCGGGCCCCUUCACCUACCUGGUUGCCGUCUACACUGCUCUCAUUGCCUUCAUGGGCUGGAGGGCCGUCGCUGGGGUGCAGCUCUGGAACGACCUCUGGACCUGGACCAAACUCUCCGCCUGUAUCGGUUCCGUCCUCUUCAUCGUGUCCGACCUGACCAUCGCCGUCAACAAGUUCUGCUUCCCGGUGCCGUGCUCUCGGGCCAUCAUCAUGGCUACCUACUACGCGGCCCAGAUGCUCAUUGCCCUGUCAGCGGUUGAGUGCCGGGAUGAGGAUGGCUACAGGAAGAGGAAGUAAUCACCUGGGCCCCAUUACUCCCCCCAAUCUCUUGUGUGUGGAACCUCCUGCUGGACAAUGUGCUGUGUAUUGUGCACCCCCAGGGGCCCGACAUUUGCUGCUUAUUGUGUGUCAUUAGUCUCUUCUAUUCAACGUAUUCCAUAAGAGCUGCUGAGUGCUGGAACUAUGGCUGGGGCAAGAUGGAGACAGUAGGGCACAAAGCAAACCUGCAGCCCCUUCAGCUCUUGUUAAACUACAGAUCCCAGCAACCCACAAAGACUCUUGGACAUGCUGGGGGCCACAGCUGUACCCCCACAUAGAGACACCCCAAUAUCUCCCACACUGAAUUGUACUAUGACACAAUCUGGGGGAUGGCCAUUAGCUGCUGCUCCCCUCUCAUUGGGCAUUAUUAUGGGAUUUACCCACACACAGGGCAUUUGUUCCAAGCUGCUGUUUCAUGGGGCCCCUGUUUGAUGCCCCACUUUCCACCUCUGUUUCUGUGGGUGUAGGAGGGUGGACUGAAGAGCAAGGAUGGGAACCUGUGGCCCCCAGACUCCAUGUUGGGGUGUAUUAUUGUCCUUAUUGCUAUAAAGCCUUUCCCAAGCUGCUGGGGGGGGGGGGGUAAAUCCUUCUCUGCAUAAGGACGAGUCUCUCAAUGGCCCCCAAGGGCCCAAUUUAUUAUUAUUAUUGUAUAACAAUCUAUAUUUUUUUUUCUCUUCUGUGAUUGGUGGAUGUCAUGUAAAAUAGCGGAUUUGCUUUGUUAGAUGCCAGUACAUAACUCAGUGAUUAA